AUGUUGCCACUUAUACUGGGUGCUCCUGAUAUAAGAUUUCCUCGUCUUAAUAAUUUAAGUUUUUGGUUAUUGUCCACUGCUAUAUUUUUAAUCUUGGAUUCUUGUUUCGUUGAUAUGGGUAGCGGUACUAGCUGA